AUGGAUUUCGCCUACGAUCAAAUUCAAGAAGAAGCUUUCUCUAAUAAAGAGGGAAUAUCCUCUGACUCUAAAUCCCAGGAGUCCAACAACCUCAAUGACGAGCUACAGGAGACCUUCCGCGCCUUCUCCGCCAGCCCGUGGGGUUCCCGAAUCGGAGGACUCUGGGACAAUGUGCGCAAGCAGGGAGAAACAUACUACGAAGGUGCUCGCCAAGAAUAUGUUGCUGCCAGCGAAGAAGCUGUCAAGGGCUUUUCAGAACUGAAGGACACACUCGCCGAUCGGACAAAGGGGCUUUCUCUCAGCACUGCUGCUCUGACGGGCAGUGGCGAAGGACAAAGUGAUGAGACCGCCACACCAAAGGCCGCUACGGAGGGAGAGUCCCUGGAGAAGGGAGAAGGCGCUGGCGCCGGUGGAGAGAGUUUUAUCUCGCGGUUGAAGGCGGAAGCUGCCCGGCGGCUGAAGGAGAUUGAGAAGGCUGAGGAGGCAGCGGACGAAGCGAUCCUGCGAUUCGGAAUGAGCAUUAGCCAGAAACUGCGUGAGGCAGUCAGCAUUGUACCACCUGAGACGGACGAGUCUGGCAAGCUUCUCUUCGAGAGCAAGGAUGCGGAGGGCAAGCGGGUGAUUCACGCCACGCGGUUCGAGGCACAGCUGCACGUUAUUCACUCAAACCUCGAAAGCUUCAGCAAGGAUCCGGUUAGUGAUGAGUGGCCUGUGUUCCAGAAGGACUUCAAUGUCGAAAGUAAGACGGAUGAGAUCGCCGCCGACUUGGAGAAAUACCCCGAGCUUCGAUCGGCCAUGGAGAAGCUCGUGCCGGAGCAGGUGGAAUACGCACAAUUUUGGACUCGCUACUACUUCUUGCGUCUCGUCGUGGAGACCGAGGAGAAGAAGCGCAAGGAGCUCCUGAAGGGCGCCAAUGCCGAGGACGAAGAAGAGGUCGGCUGGGAUGAUGACUCUGACUCUGAAUCUCAAUCUCCCUCUACUCCUCAUGUUCGCGCUGGCAACGAAACUCUUGCUCCCACCAAGGAGACCCCGAAAGCCGAGCCUCGCCGGUCUAACGACCAACAAUCCCAAGCGGACAGCGAAUCCAGCUACGAUGUUGUGAGCGGUGCUGCUAGCAAAACGCCCGGAAGUCCAGAGAAGGUACCUGCCGCCAAGGCUGAUGAGAGUGACGAGGACUGGGAGUAA